ACGACGAUCUGCAUGUCUAUGGUAUUUCAUGAAUAGAAUUAUUAGUUUAUUUCUGUCUUUGAAAGAAUGAUUAGAUUAAAGACAACGUGAUAAUAGAAUUUUCGCUAACAAUAUUCUUACGAUUGAAUUAAUCGCUGAUUGAAUUGAUCGAAGUUUGGUCCACAAGAAUAACUCUAAGGCCUAACGGACCCGAAGACUCUCAAAAUUACGUUUGUCCCUGGCUGCGCGACACCAGCACCGCGGGUCGCGCGACGGCGGCGACUGGAAACAUUUCCCCCACCAUCGCGCCUCGGACGUUCUGUCCGCCGUACUCGACUGCGAUCGGCGCAGCAGUAAACAGCUGGCGACGCUUUGCGUCAGUACGAAACGUUCAACGGGAUCGCACGGAGCAAGUCCGCCCGUCGUCCCUCCCCUUCCCUUCCAUCCAAUUAUAUCCAAGCGAGAUCCCCGACCGACGCAUUUCUCGGCCGCUGUCCAAGCCAAGCCCGUGGCGUAUCGUCGUCUUGGUAAAUCGCUCCGACGCAGAAUAAUCCCGAUUUAUCGACGAGGAAGCCGAGCGAGCGGCGUCACUGUGGAAAAGCAGCGGGGAAAGCGGAGUCUCUUUGUCUCGGCGCGACGGCUCUGCGCAUAGACUGACAGUGCGCACGGCGCAGCAUUGUUUGUGUUGUUGUCGCGCGGUUGAUUCGGCGUUCUCUCAUCGGUCGGAUCCAUUUUCCUCUCGCGAGAACGCGAGGCCGACACUCUUGAGGGACGACUCGGUCACGGCGGAAGGAUCGUCCCAGACAAAAAUCGUGCGGAUUCUCCGAGAGGACACCCAGUGACAAACGGACACAAAAUCGUCGUGACCGUUCGUUGCCGAUGAACGACGGUGUCGCUCGUAUCGAGAAGCGAGCGAACGAGAGAGCGACGGAGAGCGAGAGAGCGCGGCGGCGGCGGACGCGGUGGCGUAACGCGGCGCGCGAGUGCUUUGUUUUGCCGAGCAGCUGAUCCGGACGCGCGACGGCAGCUACGUUCAUGACGCACGUCGCCGUUUGAUCCUCGGCGUCGCGUCAACGUGAUUCGGCCGCGUUCGUGCGGCCCGCUCUCUCGCGCGUCGUCGGCAAUCCGGAAGCGCUCCGGGACAAGCGGGGCGUCCGCCCACGACGAGGCGUACCGCGGCGUCGUCAGGGCCCCGUCGAUCGACCCCCGACCUCGAAACGGUCGGAGCAGCGGCAGCGACUGGCCCCGAGAUUGUCGAAUCGAUCGCCGACGCUUCGCGUUGCUAGACGGAUUUUCAUCGAGUCUGACGCGUCGUACGACGUAUCGAGAGAGUGUAGAAAUCAGGUGGAUUUAGCGAUCUCGGAACGCUUUACGGCGGAAGUCGUGCUACCGAACGCAGCGAAAAGAUUUCUCUAAGUGUCUAAGAAUUUGUCACGGAGAAUCUCGACGUAACGGACUGUGAUGUCGAGUGUUUAAAUCCCCCGACGCGCUGAUCGAUGCAUCUGGAACGAUCGCGCUCGCUGGAAUCAGCUCGAUGACGUAAACUGUGCGUACGUUGUGAGUUAUAUCGCACGGGUGGGUAUGACAUAAGGCCCAACAGAGCCGGCAGAGUUGCUCGUUGUCUCUGACAAAAGCGGAAGUAGAUUUUCGAGCGAUUGGAUACCGCUUGCACGAGGAGCGACGUCCCAUCGUGUGGUUGAUUCUCGCUUCCCAGAAAUCGAGGAACAAAGAAAACGACUCAGGCCGAAGGGACGUUGACGACUCUAGUUUUUUUUUUUUUUUUCUAACGAUCGGAGAGUCGAAGAUUUCUCACGAUCCAAGCAGUGAUCCACGAUUCUCGUGCGCGAGACAGAUACAUAUAUGUGGAUGAUAUUCAGCGAGAAAGUACGAUUAUCGAAGGCUUUGUCUCAGAACCGACGGCGAGGAUCGCGUUGAUCGAUGCGGCAUAGUCUCGAGGGGGCCGUCCUCGCGAACGAUCGAGAACGUGGGGUACGGCCCCGAUCAAGCUGACUAAGGGAACCGUCCAAGCCGAGAGCCAUUCGUGCUGCUGCUGUUGCUGUUUCUGUUGCUGCCAACGGAGGCCACGGAGGUGGAGAGAGGCAUCCGCGGGGCGGUGGGUACAUCGGGGCUAUUGUAACAGUUCUAUCCGUGUCGUUGCGUCGCCGCAAGGCGCCUACCUAAGAAACGCAACAUGCUUUACAUCUUCCACGUUGACACCGGCACCACCAUCACCUUUGACAUCAAGCUGGCACUACAAAGUGUCAGCCAGCUGAUGGAGGCGAUCGAGAGGGAAUGUGGCGUGGUAGCGGCGCAUCAGGUGCUGCUCAUGAGCGGAGGCGAGUGCUUGGAACCAAAUGCACGUGUAUGCUCCUACUCGGCUGGUACCGACACGAAUCCAAUCUAUCUGUUCAGCAAGGCCGCCAUUGAGAGCAGCCUUCCACCCACGCCGAGUAUAGAUUACGGUUCCGAUGUCGACCUGCAGACACAGAUCGACGCCUCGCUGGCGAUGCCGGCCACCUACCAGACCCUUUGUGCACGUGCCCACCUGGCCCAGCAGUGUUGCGGCCUGGCGCGAGAGCAGACGAGGAUCUGCGAGAGACUGGUUCACGAUCAGCAUCUCCAGCAGCAAGGCUGGGCCGCGGUAGUCGCAAAUCUCGAGGAUAUCACACAAAUGUUUCAGUCACGGGCCGAGCAGUUCCAACAAGCUUUCGUCCUGUACCUCGCCGAGAGGCAGCAGCAUAUGAAACUUCUCGACAAUUUUAGCGCGGAUCUUGGUACUCUCGCAAAAAUUCCAAUUUUGCCGGCCUUGAGAGCUCAGGCCGAAGGUUUAUUGAGUCCGGAUGAUCAACCGAGUCAGACUUCUGAGACCACGUCGGAGGAUAGCGGGGAAGUGUUGAGUCUGCUUCGGUGGAUCUCUGCGAAAGACAAUCAGAGCAGCUUAGAGCAAGUGGCGUAUCAAUGCUCGCGUGGCUUGGAACAGUUCGACGAACGAUUGAUGCAAGCCUUGAAAGCUGAAGUGAACGCAGCCAUCGACAAUGCUAACAAACAGGAUAUGAAGGAGAUUAAGGGCCUAGGCGAGAGGCUGUUUGCCCUGGAACAGCUGAUGGUACAGACUAAGAGGCUCGUUCACGAGCAGGGCGAGCUUGCUCAGGGCUUUCUUCAGAAUCAAAAUCGUGCGAGCAAUUUAGGUGAUGCGAGCGUUCUGCCAGAUCUUUGCAAUUCCCACCGGCGGCAGUUACUCGUCAUGCUGCAGAAUCACAAUCAGUUGCGCGACAUCCGCCGUAGAUGUACCAAGGCGAAGGAGGAGCUCUCAGUGAAUAUCUAUCAUCGCCUGAAGUGGAUUAUGUACGUGGAGAACAAGAUGGUGGAAGUGGGCAACAAGCUAAUCAUAUAUCACGAGAGUUUGAAGCGGUUGCGACGGCAUCUGGAUGUGCUCCAACAGAUCCACUUGGCCCCGCAAAUGUACCUAAGCGCCGUAGUAGAAGUUGUCAGAAGGCGUACCUUUUCGCAGGCUUUUCUCGUAUGGGCGAGCAAUUUGGCAUGCCAGUUGUUGACUGUUCACAGCGAGGAGUUGGCGCGUAGGCGAGAAUUUCAGAGUAAAUUCGACGGUCACUUCUUGAAUACUCUCUUCCCAGGUUUGGAGGAUACGCCGCCGCCUUUUGCGACGCAAGCACCUUCUGUUUUUGAUAAUGGAUUGCCUAAGCUGACCGUGGACGACAUGGAGUCAUUAAGAUCACAGCUUCCAGACUUGGCGCUUUCGAUCUCUACACCGGAUUUGAGCAGCAUCACGCAGUUUUUCUUAUCCAAAAGUUUUACCGAAGGUAGCACCGAUGGCAACAAGGAGAAGGAUACGACAUCUGUGAGCACCGAUAUUCCCGCGAAAGAACAAGAACGUACCAGAGCACCGUUGUUGUCCGACAGGGGCGACUUCGAAUCCGAAACCGACACGGAGGAGUUCGAGAAAAUCGGUCAGGCCGGCGUGGACGCGACCAAGCCUGGCGUGUUCGACGGGGCGAAACAGAAACGGCAGAAGCAAUUGGAGGUUGGUGCCUCUCGAAGCGUGUCCCCCGCUUCCUCGACCUCGACUAACGUCUCCCCGCUAAACUCGAAAGUCGCGGACCUAAUGACGCGUUCGUCCACGUCAAGCGAACCCGGCUCUUUCCAAUUUCCCAGCCUGUCCGCCACGAGCGAACGCCCGGUGCAGCUGAGUCCGCUGACCGAGUGCGUGGAGAACGGCGCCGCCGAUUCCUCCAAUUGCUUGCUCCGCAGCGGUGCAAGCGGUCUUUCGAACUAUCGCGACGCCUUGCCGCUCGAGGAACAACAUUCCCUCAGUCCGAAUCCUCCUUCCCUGCCACGGUCCUCCGUCAUGUGCGACGGCCAGCAUCAGCAACAUCAGCACCCGCUGUCUGGUAGCGGUGGUAGCAGUCCUUCCGUCGGCGUGGGUGCUACCGACUUCAUGGGUACCGAGUUUUACAUGGACGAGUCUCUGCCCAGCAGUCUCAGCGAACAUCCCGCCGACGGUCAACAUCAGGCUCUCGUGUCCCUCCUUCAGGAGAAUCUUGGUAAUACGCGCGAAGAAGUGGAAAGAUUGAGAUCCAUUCUGAAGACUAUGAAGACGGUUGUAUGCGAGGAGCUUAGUUCUGUUCGAAAUGAAUUGGCGAUUCUGCGCGAUCGAUCUCACGAGGAUAAAAGCGGCCUCGUCGAAAUGACGGAACGUGUACGGGUAGCAUUAUCCCUGCAUUCGCGGGAAUAUGAUCGACGUCUUCAAGAGCGCGAGCAGGAACUGACGAUUGAGCAUGAAUACGAGAUAGCGGAUGUUAAGAAGCUGAUGCAGAAUCGCGAAGAGGAGAUCUGCACGCUCAAACGUAAUCUUCUGGAAAAGGAGACUGAGUUGGCGGAACACGAGCGAUUGGUCGCCACGAUGCAUCAAAAGUUGGAGGAUGAGCAGAUCGAGAGGAGGAACUUACAAACUCGUUUACACCAGCAACUCGAGGACUAUUCGAGAAUACUAGAGCAAGCGCGCAUAGACAAGGAGGAGGCUGUGAAAAAGACGAAUGACGAGAGAUUCCUCGAGAUCACCUCUCUGACAAAUUCUUUGACGCAAUGUCAGAAACGAAUUCAAGAGCUGGAAGAGAAUCUGGCGACUGCGCGCAACGAUCAAGAGAGAAUGGUGAAAGAGGCGACCGAUAAGCUGCAGAUAGAAUAUAAGACGGAGUUGGAAACUAUUCGAAGCCGUUUUAAACUUAUGGCUGCUUCUACCAUGGAAAGAAGUCCUAGCGACUCUAGUCUAGAGAAGAUUGAGCGGACGGAUGUUAUCGAGCUUGCGAAUCACGAGGCGAUUUUGGCGCAAGCAAGAGAAGAUAUGAAAGUUGAGAAUGCCAUGGCAGUUCGUACCGCUAUCGAGAAAGAGAGGGCUGACUGCAUGGCGAAAUUGGAUAACGAAUUAAGAUUGGCGAAGGAAGUAGUCGAAGAGAAAAAUAGGGAGAUAGAGAUAUAUAGAGUGAGAACGGCCGUACUUAUCGAACAGGGCAAGCGUUAUAAGAACAUGAUAGAUCGAUUAAUUGGAGAAUUCGAAUUGAAAUCGGAGAUACAGCAAACCUUGACGGAGAAGAUGAAAAAUCUUGAAGCGGAUAAGGCAUGGCUGGAGAGUAAAGAAGCCGCAGAGAAGACAAUGCGAACGGUCUUAGAACAAAACGAAGAUAUUGGAUAUUCUGUCGAAUCUGGAGUACACAAAGAUUUGAGUUACGAUCGGUUGGAUGCUGCUCAAAGUGAACUGGAGGAUGUCUUUAAGGAUUUGGAAUCUGAAAAAUACGAAGUUGAAGUUUCAGAAUCGAAAAAGGUGCGAUUGGAGGCUGACGACGAUGAUCUAGCUCGGCUGUCGAGGCGACUUGAAUCUCUUGAGAACGAUAAUAAGCGAUUGUCUUGCGAAUUAAAUUCGAUACGCGCGAGUAAAGUAGCGGCCGAAGCAAAAGUGGAGGCAUUAAUGACGGAUAAAAUUCGUUUGGAAAUCGAAUUGCUGAAGGAACGAACCAAAAGGUUUAGUACCGAAUCGAUGCCAUCGGAGAGCCGUGAUAAGGACAUGAACGCGUCGGUUGCGGUAGUUUCCGAUGCCAACUCAAGUCGGGACGCGGCUACGAGCCCGGAACCGAGUCGACGAUCAUCUUCCAAAUCGAUAUGCUUCCACCCUUCACUUCCCUCGUACAUACAUAAGAAAGUCGCAGAAAAAGUGGCGAAGAUGGUGCAACAAGGGAUCAUCACUGUCACCAGUUGCAAUCCAGGCGAUGUGGUACUUGUAGUUUGGGAUGGUAUGCACAACAAUUACGCAGUGUACCAAGAAUCUUCGACUUUUUAUUUUCUUCAUUCGGACUACAUAGACGCAUUGGAUGUGGGGGUGAAGCCGAGCGUCUAUCGGAAAUGCAUUCUCGCUGAAGUGAUUGAUAAAGAAUAUUGCCACGCGAGGAAGCAGGAAAAUCGGUAUCAUGUUCCGCGUGGUACGAAAUUCUACAGAGUGCGCGCUAAACCACGAGAUUCACGCGCGCUGACCGACGACACAGGUUCAAUGUCGAAGAGUCAACUACCGUAAUUUUACGUUCAGACUAUAAAUGUCGAGAAUCCCUUGAUUCUUGCCUAGUACAAGCGCUGUGAUCGAGGGUUUGCGUCGGCAGGCCGCAUUCGUUAAGGGAUCAGCGACCCAGAACGCAAAUCCCGAAAUUACGUCUCCGCAACCAUCCGGAAACCUCGGAUCUAGGCCAAAACCUGCCAGAGCCUCUAGACGCAUCCUUGAUACCAAUGAACGCUGGGGGGGUGAUCCACGGAAAGAGGUAUGCGCAAGUUGGGUAACAUGAAAUGAGACGGAAGGAUGCGCCGGCGUUUUAUUGUGAUAUAAGUAAUUUUUAAACGAGUGAAACAUAUUUGUCGAAUGCUGUGGUUAGCUGUGAAGCGUAACGAUAUUUGUAUUCUUCGACUUUUCUUUUUUCAUAAAUGAAAAAAAAA